CAGUGAACCGACCGACCAAAGGUUAUGUUAUGAAAAUGGCUUCAUCGAUAACCAUUCCGAGACGUUUACCGUUACUUUUAGUCACCGACAAUGUUCUGUUGCCAGGAUCUUCGAUGCGAAUUCCUGUCAGGAGCAUUAGAAAUAUGAAUAUGAUAAAAAGUCGACUUCUAGGAAGGAAUACGUUAAGUAGCACAGUUAUAGGCGUUAUACCAAAACAACAGAAGGCCGAACUAGAUGACGAAGAAGUUACAAGUCUGCAUCCAAUCGGAACAGCAGCAGUAGUUGUACAGAUAACGGGAACCAACUGGCCCCGCCCAGCUUAUACUUUACUCGUAACUGGGCUGUGUAGAUUUAAAGUCGACAAAUUACUACAGGAAUCACCGUAUCCUGUUGCUACGGUUACUCAACUUGAUAAAUUAGUUGCUGAUGAUAAAGUGUAUGAUACAUCCGAUGAAGAAUUAAAUUCUCUGGCCGAGAAUUUUCGAGAACAAGCAGCUAAACUUGUUGAGAUGUUGGAUGUAUCAAUACCUGUUGUAGCUAAACUAAAGAGAAUGCUGGAGAGUUUACCAAGUCAACAUCUACCAGACGUUUGUGCAGCGAUUGUAAAAUCUUCAUACAAUGAGAAACUCCAAGUUUUAGAUGCCAUAGAUUUAACAGAAAGAUUUAACAAAGCCUUACCAUUACUCAUGAGGCAGAUAGAGGGUUUAAAGUUACUACAGAAAGCUCGUAAAGAUGGUAAAGUUGAAAUAAUUACACGGAGAGAAUCAAAUCGUCCAAUCAACAUGAGACAAGCUUUUCGUAAAUUAAACACACCAAAUUUACAAGAUGAAGAUGAUGGUGAAAUUGAAGAUUUGGAUGAAAUUGUUGACAUGGAACAAAAAAUCAAAGCCAGUAAGAUGUCUGAAGAAGCACAUAAAGCAGCCAUGAAAGAAUUAAAAAGGUUAAAGAAGAUGCCACAACACAUGCCAGAACACGCCAUGAUCAGGAAUUACCUGGAGUUAAUGGUGGAGCUGCCUUGGUCAAAAGGUACAAAAGAUGCUUUAGAUAUAGUUCAAGCAAGGAAAGAUAUGGAUGUAGAUCAUUAUGGUUUAGAUAAAUUAAAGAAGAGGGUAUUAGAAUAUUUAGCUGUUAGACAAUUAAAGAACACAUUAAAGGGACCAAUUCUGUGUUUUGUUGGAGCACCAGGAGUUGGAAAGACAAGUUUAGGGAAAUCCAUAGCGAAUACAUUAGGAAGAGAAUUUCAUAGGAUAGCGUUAGGUGGUGUAUGUGAUCAGUCUGAUAUACGAGGUCAUCGUAAAACAUAUAUAGGUUCAAUGCCAGGUCGUAUAAUACAAGGUUUAAAAACAGUCGGAGUCAACAAUCCUGUCUUCCUCUUUGAUGAAAUAGAUAAAUUGAGUCGAGGUGUCCAUGGUGAUCCAGCUGCUGCUCUGUUAGAGGUUUUAGAUCCUGAACAAAAUCAUAGUUUUGUUGAUCAUUAUCUGAAUGUACCAUUUGAUCUAUCACAAGUGUUAUUUAUAGCAACAGCCAACAAUAUGGCUACCAUCCCAGCAGCGUUACUAGAUAGAAUGGAGGUAAUACAGAUACCAGGUUAUACCGUGGAGGAGAAGAUACACAUCGCUUUACGACAUUUAAUACCUAAACAAUUAGAGGAACAUGGAUUGAGUGAAGAGAAAUUACAGAUACCUGAAGACACCGUCAAAAUAAUAGUUACUAACUACACAAGGGAGGCCGGAGUACGAAAAUUAGAGAGGCGCUUGGCGGCCAUUUGUCGAGCUGUAGCUGUACGGGUUGCAGAAGGAAUAUCUAAAAGCCGACAUGAGAAAUUGGAAGCGUCAGAGGGUGACAAGAAGGAGAUAUUGAAUGAUAGUCUGACUGAUAUCGAUUCCCAUACAGCGUCUACGUUAGCUCAUCCACCCGAGAUGCCAAUAGUUAUUGAUGAUGCUGCACUGGAAGACAUUCUUGGGCCUGCUAUGUAUGAACCGGAAUCUAAAGAAAGAUUACAGCAACCUGGUGUGGCCGUGGGUCUGGCGUGGACAGCUAUGGGUGGAGAGAUCAUGUUCGUAGAGGCAUCAAGAGUUGAAAACACGGAACGAGAAGGAAAGUUAACUCUAACAGGACAACUGGGGGACGUAAUGAAAGAAUCUGCUAAUCUCGCUUUAAAUUGGGUUCGAGCACAUUCUAAACAGCUGAGUUUGAAUUUGACCGGUGAUUUAUUGAAUAAUACCGAUAUCCAUAUUCAUUUUCCUGCUGGUGCUGUUGGGAAAGAUGGUCCAUCUGCUGGAGUUACCAUAACAACAGUAUUGGUGUCAUUAUUUAGUGGGAGAUGUGUUCGAUCAGAUACAGCUAUGACAGGGGAGAUUACUCUUAGAGGAUUAGUCUUACCGGUUGGAGGAAUAAAAGAUAAAGUUCUAGCUGCCCAUAGAGCCGGGAUAAAUAGAAUUAUUCUACCAAAAAGAAAUGAAAAAGAUCUUCAUGAAAUACCAGAUAACAUCAGGAAAGACAUGUGUUUUAUUUUCGCUACCAAAUUGGCAGACGUCCUGAACUCAGCAUUUGAAGAUGGUUUUCCUGCAUUGUCAGCUCAAGUUCUCACUGAAAGCAAAUUAUGAAACGAAGAGUGGCGACUUAAGUAGAAAAUAACAACUAAGGUUGUUUGAAAGAGAAACUAGUUUAAUUGUUCCACACUGUCUUUUGAAUUAAGGACAAAUUUAAAAAUUAAUUUGAAUAGAUAAUAUUAAUUGAAAUAUAUUAUUUUUCUAUAAAAAGAUAUAUUAUAAUUAAUGGCUGUUGAAUUAUUAAGAAAUGUGUGAAUUGAAUUUAAAAUCUUUUUUUAAUGAUGACAUAAAAUCAUUUCUAUUGUGUUAUAUCGUUGUUGGUAAUUACAGUACAGUUGUGUUCUACUGACCUGAAUUGACCCCUGCAUUUAGCCAAUGAAAAGAUCCUUGUUCUUAAUAAUUAUAGCCAAUCAAAGUGAUUCAAAUCAGACUUUAAAGAGAUACACCUGACUUGACCCCCUCAUUUAGCCAAUGAGAAGAUGCUUUUCCUUUGGCAAUAAGAUGAUGUGUAUUAAGUAGUUAAAUCUAUUUAUUUAAUCAAAAUUGACAGGUUAAAUUAUAUUAAUUUUAGAUUAGCUUUGAAGAAUUUUGAAAUCAUGAAUAUCAAUUCAAAUAUCCUGCAUUGGUUGUGUGUUGGUUUUUUUUUUGUCUUUUUGCUUUAUGAAUACUAUAAAUAUAUUAUAAUUAAUUAGAACGGACUGGGCAACUUCAACUGAAGGUCAACAAUUUGUCCAACCAAACUGUGUAUGUGAUUAAAUCAAAGCAGUUUCACUAAGAUUAAAUUAUUAUUCUAUUAUUCAUAGAGAAAAAAAAAGAACUGUUUUGCUAUCUAUGAUAUUGUUAGUUAUGGUAGACUAUUGUCGAUUGGAUAAUAAUCAUAUAUCACUAUGACAACAUGUGAUAAUAUCUGUGAUUGGUGCCAAGUUAGUGUUGUGUUGAUGUAUAUAACAGAUGUAAUAUGAUGGUACCAUUCUGUAGCUGAUACUAUAUAUAGUAACAACUCUAAUGGGAGUACAAUCAUGCCGUUAAACUUACCUGUAUAUUCUUGCCAUAUGUAACAAAUGCCAUGUGCUUUUAGAAGAGAGCAGAGAGGUCUUAUAGGUCCUCAGUCUCUUUCUUAUUUUGAAUAAAAUAUUGUUUAACAAACACAAUGUGUACAUUGACACAAAAUUAAACUUUAUCUAAUGCAGUAGUUCUCAACUUUUUUUUGCCACCGGCACACCUUAGAACACAUGGAAAAAUAGCGGCACACCUGGCUAAAUAUUUAUGAAAAAUAUUUGAAAUUUUGCAAAAUAAAAACAUGGUAAGUCAGACGGCAUACAACCGUAGACACAGACUAGUUAUAGACACAUAGAAUGACUCAAACUAAAUAAAGAAAAACACAGCUUAUCAGUAGACACCAGUGAAUACUCAAUUGGGGUCACUUGGUUUUUCGCAUUUUCUUAGUGUGCCGUUCAAAAUUUUGCGGCACAGUAAGGAAGAUCGACACUCUGGUUGAGAAUCACUGAUCUAUUGAACGUACAUAGACUAUAAUUUUGUUAUUAAAUAUAGAAAUAGUCUAACGUGUGCUUUAGAUCAUAAGAUCUGUCAUUGAGUCAAGUGGAAUGGUUUUGAUCCCAACCUUGUAGUGACAAGGAGUAGAGUCACUUGCCUAAUCUUGUGGGUUUUCUCCGGGGUCCUCUGGUUUCCUCCCAAUGCUAAAGACCCCUACCUACAUGUAGAGAAUAAUGGAAACAAAUUGUACCACCAUUAUUAUGUUAGUCCCAAAGUGUCCAAGUUAGUGUUGAGUGGACGUUAAACCUCAUUCCUUUCUCUCAAACAUGUUGGCGAAUAGUUACUUCAUUGACUAUAAUAGCUAACAAGAUAGAGAGAGAUAAAUGGGGUUUAACGUCCACUCGACACAAACUAGGUCAUUCAACGACUAACAUAUGGUCCAAUUUUAUUUCAAUAAUUGGCUUGUGCGUAGGGGUCUUUAGCAGUGGGAGGAAACCGAAGGACCCAAAGAAAACUUACGAGGUUGGACAGGCAAUCCUACUCCUUGUCACAUACAACCAGGGAAUCAAAACCACGCCAGUUGACUCAAUGACAGACCUUAUGAUACAGCGCGCACAUGUUAACCAUUCGACCAUCCAACCCCCAAUAAUUGCUAACACCUGAACUAUUUGAAAUUUCAAUAAUUUUUGAAUGUAUGUAUCAAAUUCCAAAGAUUUAUUAUAUUUGCAGACAAUUUAAUAACAGGUUGGGAAAGAUUUCGAAGUGUGUCAAUUUUAAGUAGUUAAUGACAGAUUUCGAAGUGUGUCAAUUUUAAGUAGUUAAUGACAGAAAAUUAUGAGCAUGAUUUGUUGCCUGGCAUCCCUGGUUAUGUUUUUGAAUGUUUACUGGUAAUUAAAGUUAUGUAUAAUUUUUAUGCUAAUAUUUAUGUAUAAUAUUUAUGCUAAUUAAAAAAUUGAUAAAAAACAUAUUUAAAUAAAAUGAUGACUAACCAUUGAAUA